CAUUUCGUGUAUUUCAAAUUUGGACAGACACGCACCACUAUAAUUCUCAGCGCAUGAUCAAACUCUCGAGGUCUGGAAGUCGAGUGGCAGUCUGUCGAUGAUAAGGACAUUCCAGCGGCAAUUUCGAAUCUCUCCUUCUCAUUGGCAGUUAUUUAAAAGCGGUCCUUCAACCUCGCCCACCGGUCAAGGAUUCGUUGGCAGUUCGAUGCUAAGUCUGAUCGACUUCGCUUCGAAAUCCUCCAUCGAUUUUUCACUCCAUCGCGUCUCCACAAAAAUCUCUGAAACUAUCAUCAAAAUUGCUUAGCACUUUCUGAUGAUGAAUCCUUCUCAAUACAUCUUCUUACUCUUCGUUGGGACCUUCUGCGUUUACGGAUUAUGGAAAACAAGUUCCCUUUCCUGGCAAACUUCAACCGUGCACGCAAAGGCAUCAAUCCAGUUCGAUCUCUCCAUCCCAGCCUCUUCUCCGUCUGUUUUCCGUCGGUUCUCCAACAAAACUAACCGGAAAAUCAUCGACAAAGGUCACAGGAAGUAUCGAGGAGUCGUAUCCAAGUAUAUGUUGGAGCUGUACCAUCGCGGAUCAGAUGUCGACAUAGUUCGAGCGUUAGAGCCGAUCCGCGUGUCAGGCCCAACGAAAGACGGGGCCAGGAUUCUAGUAUUCUCAGUGCCUCACUCUGACCCAGGCGAAGCUCUGGAGAUAGCAGAGCUACUUGGCGUAGCUGGGUCCAUUCUCAGAGUGCGUUUGGACUAUGUGGAUGAUCCUGGAAGCUGCCGGUCAAGAAAGGAUGAGAGUUGGAGGGCCUUCAACGUUACAUCUGCGGUGGCCACAAGGAUUGGUAGUGUUGUCAGAUUUCGAGUGUACGGUAGAGUUGGUUACCAUCCUUAUGGGGACGGUCCAAUCUUGCUAAUGAGCUACACCAAAAUGAGGAAAAAGCGUCCAAGGCGUUCCAUUGAGGAAGAGGAGACGGACGAAAGCGACGGCCCUCGAAGAAGAAGAAAGAAUUCAUGCAGGCGACGUUCUCUUUACGUGGACUUCGCGUUGAUCGCGUAUGACGAAUGGGUCGUUGCUCCGCCCGGUUACGAGGCUUAUCAAUGUUCUGGGAAGUGUUUCUAUCCGUUCGGUGAUCAUCUCAGUCCUACGAAACACGCGAUUGUGCAGACAUUGGUGCAUGGUGCUCUCCAGGGUGUCGAAGGUGGUAGCAAACCAGUUGGGAGAGCUUGCUGCGUGCCGACGAGACUAGCGCCUACUAGUCUCCUUUAUCUGGACGCCAGCGGGACUUUGACUUAUCAAUACGGGUACGAGGACAUGGUUGUCGCCGAGUGUGGCUGUCGUUGAGGUGCUUAAAACUAGAGAUGGAUUCGAAACUAAUUUUACAAUUCUAAUUUAAAUUUAAUCUCGAAUCCAAAACUUUGCAAGAUUUCGAAACACUCGAAAUAAAGAUGAAUAAGAUGAAUUUCCUGUUUUAAGAAUUGGUGUGUCAACGCUUUUACAUGAAUUUUUGCUAGCCGCAGUUAAACAAAAUACAAACAGAAAUAUCUGAUCGCGAUUUUUGUCUAAGAACAUCAAAUUCGUUCGAAUUCU